UCGAGUCCUCUCAUCCUGAGAAGACUCUCCAGGCGUCGGAAAGCUCUUAAUAUAACAUGGCAGUUCUUUACUAUUCCAUUAUAGUGUUAGAAGUAGUAGGUUUCAAAUGCGACGGAGCUGAGCUGCCCCGCUGUUUUGAUUUCAACGACAACUGCCGUUUUGAUUUCAACGACAACUGCCAGGAGCGAAGCGGACUUCACUAAAGUUAUCUCGUCGACUUGUUGGAAGCUCACGUUUUGUUUUUUGUUUUUGUUUUUUUUUUAUUGCUCAUUUCCUCGGGUUCCAUCAUGGCUCUGUCCCAGAUUCAGUGCCUGGAUGACAAUCACGUGAAUCCACGGAUUAACGAGUCCAAACCGGACUUCUUGUACAGCGAGGACCAGAGGCUCGCCUUGGAGGUUCUGCUGCGCGAAGGUCGCGAAUCUUUUGUCAAGUUCCUGGAGGAUCGCCAAAUGCGGAGCUUCCUCUCAGACCUGGAGCAGGAAACUCUCACUAAGGCGAUGGAGCCUUAUGACCCCGGCUUGGAGCUCUUCCCGGAGGAUGCCGAGGAGAACGAGCCUCCGCUGUCGUCGCACUACUGGCCGGAGUUGUCGGACAUGUCCAUCCCUCAGUUGGAUUUAGGGUGGCCGCACAUUGACGCUUACCGCGGGGUGACGCGCACCACAGUUUACACGCAACCGCCAUUGGAGGGUCAAACUCACAUAAAGGAGAUUGUCAGAAAGAUGAUCGCACAGGCGCAAAAGGUCAUUGCUGUUGUGAUGGAUGUCUUCACUGAUGUUGACAUUUUCAGAGAUUUGAUCGAUGCUGGUUUUAGAAAGAAGGUUUCUGUCUAUAUCCUUGUGGAAAGCACAUCAUUACCUCAUUUCCUUUCUAUGUGCCAAAGAGCUAACAUGCACCCAGGACACCUCAAGAACCUCCGUGUACGCUGCACAGCUGGAACAGAGUUCUACACUCGUUCCUGCACCAUGGUGAAAGGUCGACUAGGACACAGAUUCAUGUUCAUCGAUGGAGACAAAGCCUUGUCCGGGUCAUUCAGUUUCACCUGGAUGUCCUCACGACUGGAUAAAAAUCUCGUGACCGUGGUUACAGGCCAAGCAGUGGAGGCCUUUGAUCAUCUCUUUCGUCACCUUUACAUGACCUCAAGAUUUGUUGAUCUCCAGCAAGUCACCACAGAGCCUGAGCCAGAGCGUGAGGCUCCUGUUCAGCUAGCCCCAGUAGUCCUUCCUUCUUCUACUAUAAGGAAAUUGUACAACCCAAAGUAUGCCUUACUCAUUGGAGAUGGAGCUAGCACUACCACCGCUGCUGACCAAGAAAGCCCUAAAGAAUCCCAGACACCAGAGGCCCCAGAUACUAAGAAGAGAAGGCGAGGAAGAGCGAGUAAAGAACCUGUUCAAGAGGAGGAUUCAAUGCAUCCUGGGCUCAUGAAUUUAGAGAAGGCGUACCUGAUCCCUUAUUUGCCCACCUGGCCAGAGCCUGACCCCCCAAGUGAUGUAAUCGGAUUCAUAAAUAUCGUGGAUGCGAGCAAACCAACUCAAGUGCAUCUGCAACGCUCUGAGAGGUUUGAAACCAGUCAAGCCAUUCGGUUCAGAAACCCUUUGACCAUGUCUGACGAACCAAUGCCAGAAGUGGAAAAGCCCAGAGAGACAACUUCUAAAAUUGAGGAGAAGCUAAAUGUCCCACAAUCACCAGAUCUUCAUAAAGUUAAGGAGACUGUGUAUGACAGGAUACAAAGCAGCGCAAAUGUUGAGAAACCUGAAUCCCACUCAGGUGCAUCGCGAUUUGCCACCAAUGCUGAUAAUUCCCGUAACACUAAGCAGAGUCUACAUUCAGUUGAAUUAACUAGUCCGAAUAAAAGUCAAGGCACAAAACACCUCUCUCUUUUGUUUAGCAACAUAGAACAAAAUCAAAAUUCUAGUAAAAUAGACCACCUUGAUGAACAAACAAAUAGAGCAGCACCAAAAAUUGGGACUAGUUUAUCUGCUGUUACAGGAGCCUCUUACCUGCCGGAUCCUGCUCACUCAAACUCAGGAAAAGAACUCGCUGAUACAAAAACAACACCACUAGUGAAUCAAGCUAAUAAUACACAACCAUAUAGCACCUCUGAAAUUUCCUCCGUUACUCACACUCUUGACACCUCUCGACCUACCUCUUCUUCAUCCUCAAGCUCCAAAACGUAUACUAUGGAACCCCACACAAACCAUCAAGCUACCAAAGAUAGCAACAACAGCAAUGGCUUGGGCACGCCAACUGUUAGCACUAGCAACACAGAGACCACAGAGAAGCACACUGGAGAAAACAAGCAACAGACUGUGUCUAAAAUGAAGAAAAAUAGCAAUGGGAAAACUAAAACGCAGAAAGAUGACAGCAAGAGUGACGCCUUCCCGAAAAAUCAACAGCACACACAAAAAGAAACCUCCGCAGUAAGAAAAAAUGAAAAAGCUGUUGGACGCAAGGAUGACAACGGAAGAAUUGCCGUGGCUCCUUUGGCAACGAACAGAGACUGUUUGAAUAUUGAACAAAAUAUUUCAGAUGACAUAAAAACAGUGAGUCCAGUACACUGUGAUAGAAGUGUAAAGCCUCAGGAAGACCAGCUGGUAGCAACAGGAGAGGCUGAAACCAAGGCUACAUCGAAACCGCUCACUAAUCCAAAACCUAAGGAAAUUCUGAAUGAAACUGAAUCUGAAAAGAAAACAUACCAUGUAAAAGAAAACAAACCACAAAAAAUAUCUUACGGUCAAAGUUCUCCAUUAACUAUGUGGGAGCGGAUUCAGGCUGGGAUGGAUGAGCCGUCCAAAGAUGCCGCAUUACAGGAACCAAGUGAUAAUACCACAAAUUUGACAAAGAAAAAAAUCAGAAGUGUCUCCCUAGAAUAUCCCCUGUCACCAAAACAACAAUCACCCCCUCACACACCCAGGAAGGCCCAACAUUUAAACACCCCAGACACUCACCUCCCACCGAGGAGACGAUCGUCCUCCACUAGCAGACACAUAUAUGAUGGAAAACCUACCCCAGACUCACCUGCACACAAUACAAACUUUCGAACCCCUUCACCAAAACAACAACCACCUCCUCACACACCCAGGAAAGCCCAACACUUAAACACCCCAGACACUCACCUCCAACCGAGAAGACGAUCGUCCUCCACUAGCAGAUACAUAUAUGAUGGAAAACCUAGCCCAGACUCACCUGCACACAAUGCAAACUUUCAAACCCCUUCACCAAAACAACAAUCACCCCCUCACAUACCCAGCAAAGCCCAACACUUAAACACCCCAGACACUCGCCUCCCACCGAGAAGACGAUCGUCCUCCACUGGCAGACACAUUUCUGAUGGAAAACCUACCCCGGACUCACCUGCACACACUGCAGACUUUCGAACCCCUUCUGCCACUAAUUCCCUAUUCACAGACUAUAGUGCAUAUGUUGCUUUGUUUGACAACAAAGACAAGAAUACCUCCAGCAAAGAAACGCGGAGUUCUGGGAAAAAAGUGAAAAUGAGGGAUAAGGAGGAUGUAAAAAGUAUAGACAGUGGGAUCAAAAAGACAUCCAACAAAGAUUCCAAAGAGAAGUCGGGGCGAAAUGAUGUGGAAUCAAAACAGAAGACUUUUGAGAACGAGAAAGAGACUCAAUCCCGCACUCUCAUGAAAAAGUCACGAACUCAAGGGGCAGCAGGACCCAGCAGUGGGGACAAAACAGAUGGGUCAGCCAGAGAGGUGGCUGAUCAGAAGGAAAAUCCUGCUCAACGUACGACCAUUUGGACUUACAAACACUGUCCCGGAACGAGUUAACUUCGUAUGUAGAGGUAACACUGUAUUCCUAUACUAGCGAUUUUGUUUUCUUUGAUGGGGGAAAAAGUUCAGGAGUUUCAGCUUCUCCAGCCAUCAUGUAGAACAGCUGAUUCACUGAAACUGAGCAACAACCGGUGGGGGAGGGUUGAGCCUUGCAGCUGCAAGCGAGGGAUUUCUCCCUGCAUUUUUGGGACAUAAAAAAUAGCUAAUACAGUAGGGACAGUAUGAUGGAAUUUUUUUUGCGUUUUUGAAACCGUGAUGUUUUCAUACCACGGUUUACCCUGAAACUGGUAAUCAGCACAUGUCUAUGCUACAUUUAACUGUAGCAUUAGCAAAGCAUUCACGUUAGCAAUAGAUUAAUGCUAACGGCGAGCAUUCUCUUAAACACUCGGACAACUAUUUUUACAUAUUGGUUCAUGGCAUCUAGGCGAGUUUAAUUCAAUAUAUUGUACUGUUUUCCUGCUGAUUGUGUAUAAUCACCAAGUUGGCGUUGUCCUUUUAGACGCUACAAUAUGUGCUCGUCUGUGAAUGCUCAUCCAGAAUACAGUAGUUGGAAACCUUUAUUUAUUUUAAUUUAUUUAUUAUAUGCAUGUUAUUAUUUUAGGAGUUAUAUUGAUUUUACAGACGAAAAUAUUUUUAGAACAUGUCGACUAAAACUAGACAAAGACACAUUUUGAGAUGACUAAAAUAUGGCCAAGACUAAUCUAGAGACUAUGACUACUAUACUACUAUAGAAUAAGUAUUAUUCUAAAACUAGACAAAGACACAUUUUGAGAUGACUAAAAUAUGACUAAGACUAAUCUAGAGACGAUGACUACUAUACUACUAUAGAAUAAGUAUUAUCGUCCAAAAGACUAAUACUAAGACAAAAAAAUAAAAGCGCUGCCAAAAACAACACUGGACUUCACGUAACUUUGGCAUAUUACCACUUACAACAAAAGACUAAUACUAAGACAAAAAAAUAAAAGGGCUGCCAAAAACAACACUGGACUUCACGUAACUUUGGCAUAUUACCACUUACAACAUUCAAGCUAAAGAAACACACCGACGACAUUCCUACCCCUAGAUCAGAUUUAAUGUUUUCAUAAAAUAACUAAUUGGCUUACAUUGACGGCACAAAACGUCCAAUCCAGUUUGACAGGUAAGGGCGAAUGAACAUUUUUUCGCUGCCUAUUCAUUCACCCCUCCCAGUCAAAAUGGAUUGGACAUCUGACGCCGUCAAUAUCAGUAAAACUACGGUUGUCCCGAUCUGAUUAGGGUUGGGCAUCGUUUGAAAUUGAACGAUUCCGAUUACGAUUCCACGUUUGGAUUCCGGUUUCCUAGCGAUUCUCGAUUCCGUUCUUUUAGGAGGCAAGGUCCAAAAAAGGCAGGGUAAAAAAAAUUGCAUGGUUUAUAUGAAAAUCUUUACUUCUCGAUGAUUUUCUUCAAAUUAUAUGAACUUCUCACAGGGCUAAUUUUAACUUGUAUAUAAAUAUAAGUCUUUGAACUUGAGUAAUUUUUUCCGCUCGGCGGUCAGGGCAUCGAAACAUGGAAUCGAAAUUUAAAAAUUCGAACGAUUCCGGGAGCAUCUGAGUCAUAGAACUGGUUCCCCUUGAUGCCCAACCCUAGAUCUGAUACUCUGUAUCGGCGCCCGAUACAGAUAUUUUUCGGACUGUGUCGGAUUUCUGAAGAUCUGAUCUGAUCCAGUAUCCAUGUGCAGUUUUUUCUUGAUCUUUUGACUUAUUUCUUUUGUAAAAUGGUUAUAUUAUAGCUUUUGAUUUUGAACUAUUUGCGACUGAUAUAAUUGUUAUUUGAUGUAUUUUUGUAACCUGGUUGGCAGAGAUUUGUUGCAAUACAAUUCAUUUUGUAGACCAAAAUAAAAAAGGAUAUACAGCACGUAAUACUGGUUGUUCUUCCAUUAUUUGUAAUAGUCUAAAAAUACAGGUAUUGGCUCGGUAUUUGGAGAAACAUCGCGAAAAAUAAUCUGAUCAUUAUGUUUCGGGACAUCCCUGACCUAAACAUGAUCAAUGCCAGCUAUCACAGUUACCGUAAAAUGAAUUUGAGGUCUAUUGCUCUCGAUGGCAGUCAAUGGGUUGAUACGUCAUGUUGGAUCCCUUUAGAUGAGGGAGCCGCAAUUUGAGGUUUAAGAGGUCCAAUUCAGGAAUGUUUGUUCAAUUUGCAAACCGUAACACAUAACAUAAAAAUAUAUUGUGUAGAAUGUGUUGUAAUUUAGUUUAAUCCAGGAGUUUGUCAAAAGGCUCUAAUAAUACUUUAGGACUGGGUCCAUAUCAAUAUACGCUUGUCAGUAUGUCAAUAAAAUUUUUUUCUUAUUUUUAGCUCCACAGCAGACAGGAGUUACAUAUAUAUCAUUCCAUUGAAACAGAAUCAUCUAAUGCAGUCUGUAUUGCCUGUGCAGUACGCAUAAGCAGCGCAUCACUAACUUGAGACCUGACACGUUAUCAUUUUUCAUAAUUGAACAAGGAGACGUGUGUGUAAAAGUGAUGUUUAAUGAAGCAUACAUGCACAUCCUGAUACAAUAAUCAUGAACAUGUUAAUGAUUGAUAAUGUCACAUUUGUUUUUAACACAAGUGUUGGCAGACAUCUGCUCACGACACUCAGGCCCUGCAUCAUUUUAACCUAAUUCAGACAUUCUUUAAAAGUAAUGAGUUCCUUUUUUAAUUUGCAACAGUUCUCUUUGGUCAGUUGGCUCUACAUUUCUAAGAGGUGUAAUGUAUCCUCUGCUUUUUGCAGCUGCCUAAUGCUACAGCCACACCCUCUCGUCCCGUCUCAGCCCUGUGAUUCAAAUGGAAAGGAAAACGGCUUGCAGCACUUCACAAGUCUUGGAUUAUUUAUCAUCUUUUCACAAAGAAUCUUUGGGG